AUGGACCGCAUCCCAACUGGCGCCGGGCUCCCCGACACACCUGAGUGGAAGAACCGAGGUUAUUUUAAUGAUGACUCAGCCUUCCAAAAGAUACAAAUUUCAUACGCUCGUGCUAAGUCACUUGCCAAGCAAGUCGGCAUGACAGUUGAGGAUAUUCUGGGGCCGAGCCCAAAGUUUUGGGGGUUCCAUCUGAAUUACAUGGUGACCGCAGACACGGCAGUAUAUGUUAUUUUGACGAUACAUUGGAACCUCUGCAUAGGAACCAUAGCCUCAUAUCCAGAUGCGCAUCCCACUGUCAAGUCUAUACUCCAAGAAUUGCAGGAAUUCAAGUCUGUGGGGGGAUUCAUGCUCAGUGAAGUAGGUCAUGGCCAUGAUGCACGAAAUAUCGAGACCACGGCCACCAUGAGUUCAGAUGGAUCCUUCGACUUGCACACGCCAGUCCCCCAUGCAGCAAAAAUCAUGCCUCCCACUACCCCGCUGGCCGGAAUGUCCCGUGUGGCUGUUGUAUUCGCACGACUUAUCGCUAAUGGUGUAAAUCGUGGGGUUCGUCCUUUUGUUGUGCGGACCAAUCAGGUCGACGGGACUUUGUCUCCUGGUGUUGUUUCGAGACUCUUACCCUCGCGUCCAGGUUCCAAACCUGUUGAUCAUGCCGUCACCACAUUCCACCAUGUGUACCUUGAGCCUUGGGCACUUUUAGAAGAUUCUCCAAAUUCCGAAAACCCCGGCAAAGACUUCUCAAGGCAUAUUCAGCGCGUAACAAUAGCGUUCAUUGCGGGCCGAUAUAGUCAAAGAAGGACAGUUGCCGGUAUGACUACGGUCCAAAGGGUGCCUAUCAUCACAUUCUCAACUCAGCACACACCUAUUCUAGCAGCACUGGCAUCAGCUUCAGUAUUCGAGGCCUUUGGGCGGGUACUAUGCGAAUCAUAUGGCAGUGGAAACUCGAGAGUCUGGUCCGGAUUGGCGUGCGUCUACAAACAGACUGUGUCAUCCGCAGCCGAGGCAUUGUACAAUGACAUCAUUGACAGAUGUGGUUGGCAAGGGCUUUACGCACAUAAUCAAAUGAUCGAAAUGGUCAUGUGCAUACGAGGAACCUCAAUAGCAGAUGGCGACAGGCUAGUUCUUUGCAUUCGUAGGCUUAGUCUCGGAGCUGCUGCUAGACCGAUAUCAACUUCCGACUGCUAA